GCAGUGCGAGGCCGCGCCGAUGGCGCAUGCGCAGAAAGGGACAUUACCCCCCCCCACUCCCAGCAAUCCUAAUGGCGGCGGUGGUGGCGCGCGGGGCUGUGGCGGGGAUCCUGGGGCGCUGGGUCCCCUGGGCCGGCGCCGGGCGCGCCCUCUCCGGCCUCGCCGCCCGCUGCUUCACGCAGGGGCCGGUACCAGUGGCGGCCCCGCUGUGGAAACCGCGGCUGCACGGGGGGAGCCUGCCCGGGGGAGGCACCCCCUCGGUCCUCAGCAGUGUCACAUCUCUACUUCCAAAUAUACUUCAACAGCCAGUGAGGACUCUCACCUACUGUAGCUUACGGAAGGGAAAGAGGAAAAGUGUGAAAGCUGUCCUCGAUAGGUUUCUGCGGCUGCACAAUGGCCUUUGGGUUAGGAGAAAGUCUGGUUAUAAGAAGAAACUGUGGAAGAAAUCAGCUGCCCAGAGGAAGCGUUUGAGAGAGAUGGUGUUGUGCACCAGAACGCAAUGUAAACUCCUUGAUAAAAUGACCACUUCUUUCUGGAAAAGAAGAAAUUGGUAUGUGGAUGAUCCCUACCAGAAGUAUCACGAUCGCACAAAUCUUCGUUUGUAGAAAUCUUGGUUUCAUUUUUGCAUCUCCCUAGGGAAGAGGUGGGAAACAUGUGGUAUGGUCUUAAUUUCAGAACAUAAAUCUGUAAUACCUGUUACUUUUCUAAAUAAACAUACGCAUAUCAUCUGAUCAGAAUUAUGGGUAUCAGUGCCCAAAAUAAAGUAAUAUUCAAGGUUAUCUUGAGCUGCAGUUGUAUUUUACUUAGCGGAGGUCAAGCUGUUCACCUGUACGUUGGUUUCCUGUGGCUGUGUGUAACAUGGAUGAAUACAGUCAAAACAUCACUAAAAGUGAAUAAUUGAACGUAAUUCAUCUUAAAAUGUUUCAAAUAAACAUGUUUAAAUAACCCCA